AUGUUAAGGACGGUCGCUAUCUUAGCUUUCGCAGCAUCAUGCUUUGCUCUUCCCGCCCAAGACUCGGGACAUUCAGACAACGAAAUAGACGGAUUAGGCGACUGUCUUAAAAAAGAUUCGACACUAUGUCUGAAAUACAAAUUCUUUUCAUUCGUAGACAAAAUGAUCGGUCAAAAAGAAUCGUUCUCAUUAACGGAUGGAGUCACAGUGGUAAGAGCUAGUGAUGUGCCGCCAGAAACAGGAGCGCCCAGAGCUUUAGAUCCAGUUUCGAAAAUGAAGAAAUACUUAGAAACACAUUCAUUGAGGGUUGAAGUUAAAGGUUCAGAUGUGAUAGAUACGGUAUCGAGUGUGGGUCGUGCCUUGGAAGACACAGUGUCAUCAUUCACCGAAGAUGAUAAUGAAUUAUCAGAAGAAAGCAGAGGGAAAAAGAAAAAAGCAGCCAAAAUUCUAGGACCUAUUAUAGCUGCGGUCAUGUUGAAAAUGAUGGCGCUACUACCCUUAGCCAUCGGCGCCAUCGCUUUAAUAGCAGGAAAGGCUUUACUCAUCGGUAAACUGGCGUUAGUACUGUCAGCGAUAAUAGGUUUGAAGAAACUUCUAUCACAACAGAAGCAUGUCACUUAUGAAGUGGUAGCUCAUCCGCAUCACUCGACCAGUCAUACGUCGAGUCAUGAUUAUGCAGGUGCCAGUGGUUAUGGAGGUGACAGUGGAGGUUACAGCGGCGGGAGCGGACAUAGCGGCGGUUGGGGACGAUCAGUAGACGCGCAAAGCUUAGCCUACUCAGCGCAAAAGCAAUAUUAA